GGGCGGAGGGUGCUGAGAGAGAGAAGCCGCUGCCGCAAAUCCGCUCGGAGCGUCGGAGCCUGGGCGCAGCCCGGGAUCGCGCCGCCGUCGCCGGGGAGCCGCUCGCUUCCCUGGCCCGGGCCUCAGCGCAAGCGGGCUGGGCCAUGGCAGCCGCCGCGGUCCGGGGCCGUCGCUGAGCAGCCGUUAAAGCCGCCCGCCCGGGUUCGGCCCGCGCCGCCGCCGCCGCUGCGGCCGCGGCCCAGGCUCCGCUCAAGUUUCCGCCCAGAAGCCGAGGCGACCGCGGGCCCGCUCGCCUGCUCGCCCGCUAUGUGGGGCCGUUUCCUGGCCCCGGAGGCUGGCGGCCGGGACAGCCCCGGCGGCGGGGCCCGCGGCUUCCCUGCGGGCUUGGAUUAUUCAUCAGCAUGGUUACCUGGUAAUGAGUCAUUGUGGCAGGCUACAACUGUUCCAUCUAGCCAUCGACAUAGCCAUAUCAGGAGACACAGUAUAACUUCUGACAGUGGAGACACUGGCAUUGGCACUUCCUGUUCUGACAGCGUGGAAGAUCACUCAACUUCAAGUGGUACACUAUCCUUUAAACCCAGUCGAUCAUUGGUUACUCUUCCCACUGCCCAUGUGAUGCCAUCUAACUCCAGUACUUCAAUUUCCAAACACAGGGACUCUCUAGCAUCAGAGGGCUCUAAAUGGAGUGCAAGCCUCCUGCAGACUUUGGGAGACCCCAGGAGAGGGGCGCAGGACUCCUCAUUAGACAUGAAAGACGUCAGGCCCCUGCGGAAGUGGUCAUCUUUGUCCAAACUUCCUGCCUCGGAGAGCUGCAACCAGAGUGCCAUUGUAUGCACAGAAGAGUCGAGGAGUGAUUUGGAAAGGGCAGGGAAGGGCAGGGCUUUCCCAUCCCACUUAAGGACCUUUGGGCCCAGUUGCUUACAUGACAGUAUGGAGAUGCUUAAGCUCGAUGACAAAGAAGUAAGUAAAAAGCGCUCAUCAACUCUGGACUGCAAGUAUAAAUUUGAGAGCUACAACAAAGAGGACAUCAGAGCCGCUGCCUCCGCUCUCAGGAGACAGACCUUAGACAUGACUUACAGUGCCUUACCUGAGAGCAAGCCCAUUGUGACGGGCUCAGAGGCUUUUGAGUCUCCCAAGUUUUUAAUGCUUGGCCAGCAGGCAGUAGGUGGAGUUCCCAUUCAGCCUUCUGUGAGGACUCAGAUGUGGCUUACAGAGCAGCUACGGACAAACCCAUUGGAAGGCAGAACUACAGAGGAUUCUUACAGUUUAGCUCCUUGGCAACAGCCGCAAAUUGAGGAAUUUCCACAAGGAAGUGAAACACCAAUGCAGGUUUUACCUGGAUCGUCUCAUCAGAGUUGCUCACCUUCUGGCUUUCAGGAUUUCAGUAAGUGGGAAUCAGUAUUGAAAAUAAAAGAAGGACUUCUAAGGCAGAAGGAAAUUGUAAUUGAUAGGCAGAAGCAACAAAUUAACCACCUACAUGAAAGGAUAAGGGAUAAUGAACUGCGGGCACAACAAGCCAUGCUCGGACACUAUGUGAACUGUGAGGACUCUUACGUGGGCAGCUUGCAGCCACCAUAUGAGAACAGUUCAGUCCAGACUCCAUUUUCAGAGCAGUCCUUGUCCCACCCCCAACAGGAAGACCUGGAGCAAAAGCUAGCAUCAACUGAGAAAGAAAUUUCACAGCUCAACGAGUUUCUCAAACAAAAACUAAACCAGUUUAGUGAGGAGAAGAAGAAGCUGGAGGAAAAGCUGAAAACCAGAGAUAGAUACAUCAACAGCCUGAAAAAGAAAUGCCAGAAAGAAUCUGAGCAAAACAAAGAAAAACAGAGAAGGAUUGAGACCUUGGAAAAGUACCUGGCAGAUCUUCCAACUCUAGAUGAUGUACAGAGUCAGAGUCUACAGCUGCAAGUCCUUGAAGAAAAAAACAAGAAUUUGCAAGAGACUUUGAUAGACACAGAGAAGAAGCUUGAGGAGAUUAAGAAGCAAUGUCAAGAUAAAGAAAUGCAGCUACUAUGCCAGAAGAAGAAGGAAAAGGAGCUGGUGACUUCUGUUCAGAGUUUACAACAAAAAGUAGAAAAAUGCCUUGAAGAUGGAAUCCGCCUUCCCAUGUUAGAUGCAAAACAGCUUCAAAGUGAAAAUGAUAAUCUCAGAGAGCAGAAUGCAGCUGCUAGUAAGAUAAUAGAGAGCCAGCAGGAUGAGAUUAACAGAAUGAUUUUAGAAAUUCAGUCUAUGCAUGGGAAACUUUCGAAAGAGAAGCUGACUGCGAAGAGCAUGGCGGAAGAGCUAGGGAGGAAAGAAGGAAGCCUCAGGGUAACAGAAGCACUGCUCCAAAACCAAAGACAAAUAGGACAGACGUUCUCGUUACUGGACCAGGACCAGGACCAGGAAGCAGAGCAGUCUGGGCUGCAGACCCUCCUUUCUAAGUGGCCUCUCUUUGAUCUGACUGUGAUUGACCAGCUCUUCAAGGAAAUGUCCUAUUGUUUAUUUGACUUGAAAGCAUUGUGUAGUAUUCUUAAUCAGAGAGCUCAGGGCAAGGAGCCUAAUCUUUCAUUGUUACUGGGAAUCAGAUCAAUGAACUGUUCAGCUGAAGAGACUGAAAAUGACCACAGCCCAGAAGCGCUCACUAAAAAGCUCUCGGAUGUGUGCCAGUUACGGAGGGACAUUGAUGAAUUAAGGACUACAAUUUCAGACCGCUAUGCUCAGGACAUGGGAGACAACUGCGUUACCCAGUGAUCAAGUAUUGGUCCACAGCAACAAUGAUGCAUUGUAAAAUGCUGCUGUGUUAGCCUCCUUUGUUUCUCCAUAGGACUUAGAAGGGAAAGGUGAAGCUCCUGGCCGUGUGUUCUGGCUUGGUCGUCGUCGUUCGUGUUGGUGUUGGUAUUGUUCGGUUUGCUUUACUGAGGAAGUUUGAAGGGACUGAUGAAAUCACACAAGCAAUCAUGUUACUAUUUGAAAAAUGAGAUAAUGUCUGCAAGAAAAAGAACAAACAAUCUGUAUGUUCAAACUACUGAUUGUAGGACCAAGCUGUGAACAGUGCUCUUCAGAUAAAGGCAUAGGGUUUCCUUAAUCCUAUCAUUUUGUGUGUAUACAUGUGACUGCUCGUUCAUUCUUUCGCUUGAUCACUCUGUCUCUGUCUCUCUGUCUGUCUUUCAGUCUGUCUCUUUGUGUGUGCAUGCCAUGCAUGUGCAUUUGCAUAUGCAUGGACUCUAUUCACAUAAUAAUAGGAUUUCAAGGGUCAAAGCAAGGCUUUGAAAGUCACACCCUGUCAAUCUUCAUUUUGGAAUUUUAUAGGCAGGCUGACUAGACCCAAUACCCAAGCAAUGUUCUAAUGCAGAAGGAUAGGGAGCAAAAUCAUUAGUUCUUUUAAAAGUGAAUGUAUUGAGAUGGUGUGAUUGUGAAGUUAGGUUGGUUUUGGCACUGAAGACAGCUAUUUCUUCCAGUGUGGUCAUAGAUUAUCUCACAAUGUAAAAUUCUGCUGUGAUGAUUUUUUUCAUUGGCUUUGUAAUUUAUGAUAUAAAUGUAAGCAGAGCCAUAUAAAAUUAAUAGGAGCCCUCUGUGGCCUUCAAUGACUAUUAUAAAGAGAAAGAUGACAAAGUAACUCUAGCAGAGUUGCUUUUUAUCCACAUUUCAGCAUUCACAUUUAAACACUUCUGUGCCUGCUUUAAACUACCAGAGAAAGCCAACUCAUUCAUAUAUGAAGUAAUAGUUACAUAAAACAAAACCUAAGUCUCAAUGAUAUUCUAAUUUCUUUUAUUAGAUUUGUUAAAUUACAAACAGCUUGUCAUAGAUUAUGAUAUUACUUAGGUUAGUUCAUCUGGAGCACAGGGUACUACUAUGAAAUGCAAAUCAUUUGAGCAGAUAGAUGCACAGCCAUUUAAACUUCAACUAAUACUGUCUGUGUAUCAUUUUGUGUUUUAGAAAGAUUAUAUAUUUUAUUGCCGGCUGAGAAUUCAUUACAAUCUUUUUAAUACAGGCAAAGCAUUGCCCUUUAUAGGUUGGUUUUCUUUUCCUUCCUUCCUCCUUCUCUUCUUCUCUCCCUCCCUCCCUCUCUUCCUUCUUAAUGCAGCCCAAUUUUCUUCAGGCAGGACUAUGUAGGUGUGAGAGUAAAGGGUGUGGAACCAGCAUGAUAGUACUGUUGACUGUGAUCACACAAAUACCCAGUUUCUGCUAAGCUUAUUCUGGUAUAGAGCUUGCUCCUAGAAAAGAUUUUUCUUAAUCUCAACAAAAAAACUUAGCGGGACAGGCCUUUGAGGAGAUUGCUCAGGAAGAUACUCAGUUCAGAAUGGGCCUGUAUUCUGUCCAUAGUGAUUUGAUAGUUAUAUUCCAGUAGUUAUACUACAUCACAAUGACAGAUUUCCCUUCUAUUUAGUGCCGAAUCCACUCUACUCCUUCUCCUGGGAUCUGGCUACUAAUAAAUCAGUGUGUUGAAGUGAAUAUGCAUGCCAACUCUCUAACCCAGAGAAGAUCUUAGCCACUCUAAGAAUGGUUCUUUAAAAAUGAAUUCAUUGGGUUUUAAGACUAAUGUUUUGAUGACAAUCAAGAAAUUGUUUGUUGCAAAAAUAUAUGCCAUGCAAAAAUAAUGUCUGUGCACAUAGUCCCAAGUUGGAAAGUCAGAUGAUAGCAUCUAUAUGGAUCAACCACAGUGCAGCAAGUACCAGAUUUACCUUCUCUUUGGAUAGAUUCUUCUCCUUCCUGUCAUGAAAUAGUCACCUAAAAAUGUAGCAUUAUAGAGCAACUGGUGCUGAUUUGUGUUAGCAUCUCCUUAUGUCUCCUGAGUCCUAGGUUUUUAGUCUUAGGUUUUGAGGUUUUAUAGUUGCUUUUUUAAAAACAAAUUUACAGUCAUAUAUUUUAAUAUAUCUGU